UUUUCAGGUUGCUAAACCUACGGAAGCUGGGACUUAGUGAUAAUGAGAUCCAGAGACUGCCUCCAGAGGUUGCUAACUUCAUGCAACUUGUUGAGCUCGACAUCUCUCGCAAUGAUAUCCCUGAAAUUCCUGAAAGUAUUAAAUUCUGCAAGUCUCUAGAAAUAGCUGAUUUCAGUGGGAACCCCCUUUCCAGGCUGCCUGAUGGGUUCACCCAGCUCCGAAUCCUUGCACACCUCUCCCUCAAUGAUGUCUCCCUACAGUCUCUGCCAAAUGACAUUGGGAACUUGGCCAACCUGGUGACACUGGAACUUCGAGAGAACUUGUUGAAGACACUGCCAACGUCCCUAUCUUUCCUGGUGAAGCUGGAGGAGUUAGAUCUUGGCAGCAAUGAACUGGAAGUACUGCCGGACACACUUGGAGCUCUGCCAAAUUUACGUGAACUCUGGUUAGACAGGAACCAACUUACUGCACUGCCACCGGAACUGGGAAACCUGAGACGUCUGGUGUGUCUGGAUGUUUCAGAAAACAAACUUGAGACGCUCCCCAAUGAGAUCAGUGGACUCGUGGCAUUGACUGACCUCCUUCUCUCCCAGAACCCAUUGGAAUCCAUACCAGAUGGCAUUGGCCAGUUGAAGCAGUUGUCAAUUCUGAAGGUGGAUCAGAACCGGUUAACAGAGCUAACUGAGGCGGUGGGUGAGUGUUUCCACCUGACGGAGCUCAUUCUCACUGAGAACCUGCUGACGACACUCCCGAGAUCUAUUGGGAAACUGAAGAAACUAACAAAUCUGAAUGUGGAUCGGAAUAGACUCGUGGCUUUACCAGCUGAAUUGGGAGGUUGUGUGAGUUUAAAUGUGCUGAGUCUCCGUGACAACCGGCUGACACAUCUCCCACCUGAACUUGCAAACGCUUCAGAGAUUCACGUGCUGGAUGUGGCUGGUAACAGGCUGAUCAACCUGCCUUUUGCCCUCACGAACCUCAAUCUGAAGGCUCUGUGGUUGGCUGAGAAUCAGUCGCAGCCAAUGCUGAAGUUCCAAACUGAGGACGACGAGAAAACUGGUGAGAAGGUCCUGACCUGCUACCUCCUACCACAGCAGCCGUCCCCCAGUCUGGAGAAUCUCUUGAAUGACAGCCUGGAUGAGGGCUGGACAGAGCCCAAUCUGAACCGGGUCAGUGUGAUCCAGUUCCAGGAGGAGCUGAAGGAUGACGAGGAGAACGAGGAAGAGGCAGAGAGACGAGGUCGGUUACAACGCAGGGCAACACCACACCCCAGUGAGUUGAAAGUGAUGAAACAGGCGAUUGAAGAAAGAAGGGGAGAAGCCCUCACUAUGAAGGCCCAGGUCCAGCCGCCUUUACCUGACUCACCACAACCACAGGAAAAGAGGCUGAGUACAAUAUCGAACCAGAGCCAGGACUCCCAUAUGUCCAAUGGUGGAAUCCCCGUAGAGCAGGAAGAAGCUGAAUUGGUGAUGGAUAGACCAGCAGAGGAAGAAAUGGCAGUGGAACAGAGCAGUGAGAUGAUGGAAGAGAAUGAGGAUCAAGAGGAAGAGGAGGAUGAAGAUGGAUACUUUGAGCCUAUGGUGCGUUUCACUGAAGACACUGUGAUUCGCGGGGAGGAGGAAGGAACUGGUGAAGGUGAUUUCAUUCCUGAGAAGCAAAGACUGAUUCGUAAGGACACCCCUCACUACAAGAAGCAAUUUAAGAUUAAUAAGCUACCUAAACCUGAGGCAGUGUUGGCCAUACUGCAGGGCCUGCCCAGCACUGAUAUCCCAGAUGAAGGUGACCAACUCACUAAGUACAGCCCGUGCCUGGAUGGAGACAUGGGCCCACUGGAGGAUUGCCUGGAGUUUAGAGAUGAAAGGCUUUCCCAGCCUCCCAUUAAGGGGGUCUCCUUUGAUCAAGUCAAUAAUCUGCUGAUCGAGCCUGCUCGAAUUGAGGAGGAAGAGCUAACACUAACAAUACACCGUCAGACUGGUGGCCUGGGCAUCAGUAUCGCUGGAGGAAAAGGCUCUACCCCAUACAAAGGGGAUGAUGAGGGCAUCUUCAUAUCGCGGGUUUCUGAGGAGGGUCCAGCAGCUCAGGCUGGAGUCCGAGUCGGAGAUAAGCUGCUAGAGGUAAAUAGUGUGGACCUGCAUGAUGCUGAGCACCACCGAGCAGUGGAGGCAUUGCGGAGUUCGGGGAGCUCAGUCACCAUGUCGAUACUACGGGAGAGGAUGGUGGAGCCAGAGAAUGCUAUCACCGUGACCCCAUUGCGCCCUGAGGAUGACUACGCCCCAAGGGACCGCCGCACCGGUUUGAGGUUCCCGGAGCCUACUGAAAAUGGGGUGGUUCGGCUGCAGUUUACCACCUCACUGGCACGCAACGAGAAAGGCCUGGGUUUCAGCAUCGCUGGGGGCAAGGGAUCGACACCGUACAAAGCAGGAGACUCAGCGAUCUUCAUCUCGCGGUUAGCUGAAGGAGGAUCUGCACACAGGGACGGGAUCCUUCGGGUUGGAGACCGGGUGAUCUCGAUCAAUGGGGUAGAGAUGGCAGAUGCCAGGCAUGAUCAGGCAGUAGCACUUCUUACGGGCACAGCACCCACCAUCACCAUGGUAGUCGAACGCGAGAUGUCAGAAUUAGACAAGUCUGCAGAUGACAUGCUGACAGGAGACAGCUCCCCAACUCUGCACCGAGCGAGGCCGUACACUCCACCCCCUACUGGCCAGGCGCUGAGUGAAGAUUACUGUGACUCCACAAUCGAGGAGACUAUGACUCAACCUAACCAGCCAUCUGUCAACUUCACCGCUCACGAGGAGUACCCUGUGGAGGAGAUUGUUUUGUUAAAAACAGGAGGGCCUUUGGGGCUCAGCAUUGUCGGAGGAAGUGACCAUGCCAGCCACCCGUUUGGAAUCCACGAGCCCGGUGUCUUCAUCUCCAAGGUUAUUGGCGAUGGGCUGGCAGCUCGUACUGGGCUCCGGGUUGGUGACCGUAUUCUGGAAGUGAAUGGCAUCGAUCUUCGCCAUGCGACCCAUCAAGAGGCAGUGAUGGCCCUGCUGUCGAACCAGCAUGAGAUCCGGAUGUUGGUACGCAGGGAUCCGGCUCCACCUGGGAUGCAGGAGAUCCGGAUUGAGAAGCUGCCUGGAGAGAAGUUGGGGAUCAGUAUCCGAGGAGGAGCCAAAGGCCAUGCUGGAAAUCCUUUUGAUUCGACAGAUGAGGGAAUCUUUAUCUCAAAGGUGAGUUCUAGUGGAGCAGCAGCACGGGAUGGCAGACUGCAUGUGGGACUGAGAAUACUUGAGGUUAACAACCACAGCCUGCUGGGAAUGACUCACACUGAAGCAGUCCGCAUUCUGCGAGGAAUCGGAGACACCUUAACGAUGCUGGUCUGUGAUGGCUUCGACCCCAGGGCAGCCUCCGCCAUCUCCAUGGAGGCAUCUCCAGGUAUCAUUGUUAACCCUUUCGCUGCUGGAAUGGGUCGAAAGAACAGUAUGGAGAGCAUCUCAUCUAUCGACCGGGAUAUGAGCCCUGAAGAGCUGGAUAUUUUGCAGAAGGAAAUUGAGAUGGUUCGUGAGUCAUCAUUAUGGGAGCAAGAGCAGCUGGAGAAAGUGGUGAGAACUUUUCCUGAAGUUGGUGAUUUACCUUUAAGACCAUUUGAUAUAGGAGCAGAAGUACACCAUUCAGCUCAUCGAGUCUGCUGC